AUGGCGACUCCUGUGCGCCGGUCUGCUCGUCUCAGGUCGAUGACUCCUGCAACCGAGCCCCAAAACAAAGCCCCUUGGCCUUCUGCAAACCUAAUCUCUGUGUCCGAACGCGAUGAAACCUCAGACCUUCGCUCUCCUCCAAAUCCUCGUAUCAUCCUCGCAAGCCCGCAGAAUCAUCCCACCUCCACUACACCAGUUUCAGAGUCUCAUUCGAAGUCUCUUGUGAAAACACCAAACACCACGGGGGACUUGAAACCAGGACUCGAAGAAAUGCAUCCCAGCAAAGUGCACCAAAUCAUCUCAAAGCAACCCGACUUGGGUCUCCGUCUUGGGUUUAAACCCAUCCAGAAUAUUUCCAAAUAUCCUUCAGACGCGGUGACCGCAACUCCAACCAAAUCCAGAUUGUCACUGACAGACCCACUAGAUUCUCCAAGCUUUGGUCUACAGUUCUCCUGCGAGGAUUCACAACUCAGUGAGGAAGCCAAGAAAUUAAUGGAGAACAUCCGGGAAGACGCGUCAAGGAUCAAAGCACAAAUGAUAAUUGAACAGAAUGCUCAGAGACGCAAAGAUGCGGAAGCUGAACAAAUGUUUGGCGAGAGGAAUAUCGCAAAGGCUAAAGGGAUAGUCGGACGUUUCAGCAAUGCUCACAUGGUGGAGUUUAAAAAAAUGGAUUCCAUUGCCGGGCACCCUUCGGCUUUUAGGGCACGUCCAGAUAGAAUUCAACCUCCACCAGCUAAGUCUCUCAAGAGGACUAGAUCUAAGGCUUGCCUUGAUGAUACUUCAUCUCCGGCGAAACCUAUUACAGCCACCUCAUCUUCUGCAAAGUUCCUGGCAGCUGAUUCUGUCAAGCGCUCGAAAACAUCCAACCCUGGAAGCGCCACUUCCCGUACAUAUCUUUCCAAGGAUUAUCGUUGUGAAAGCAAACCAGAGCCAAUGCUUGCGAAACUCGAUCUGCAAACCGUGAUCACCCCAAUAAAACCCACCGUUGUCCGUGCUUCCAGCGUGAAACACCCCAACACAGCCAAAAACUUUAGCAGCAUUCCUCAUUCCCCUUCAACCAGGUCGAUUGUUGCCCCGCGAACUCCUCAAACAGAGUUCAAUCCAAAAUUUAAAACUAAACUACCAAGUCUUACAAACCUCAAGUCGAUUCUCCGACGACGACAACCCCUGUUCUCAACAGACCUUGUUAAAAUUGCCUCAGGAACCCAUGUCGCUCCGCCUAGUAAAAUUUUCGACAUACCUGAGGUACCCACGGCAAAGAAACAUGUCGAAUUUUCAGCCAGUACGAAGCUACGCCACGUAUUCCAGGACUUUUCUCCAACAUCUAUCAAAAAUCUACCUGAUAAGCCAACAGGAACAGGGACGAUUUCCUAUCCAACCCUUCCAGUUACAACGCCUCCACACGACAGAAAAGCUGAGAAAGCCAUUUUUGGAAAUAUAACAACUCCUACAAUCAGAACUGUGGCUUCGUUCGAGGUCGACUAUCCUCAACCCGCUUUCCCGGCCGAUGCAGUUAUUCCCCAUGGUAUCAUAAACAAAAAGCGCCACCGCGAACCCGAUGACGACGAUGUUGAAAACAAAGCUCCGGAAGACUCGACAGGAGAUGAGCGGAGCCUGAAGAGAAUGAAACCUAACCCUACCGUUGCCACAAAGAUUCACACUCCAAGCUCUAUCAAGAGCCGUCCGGUGCAGCACGGGACACCGGGAAUUAGCACUCCCCGUCGGUCGACGCAGAAAAGUAAGGGUGUGUUGAGCAUGAGCCGCCUAAAUAUGCUGUCGAAGCCGAAGGUGCGCCGCUAG